AUGUCGUCAAACUCGAAGCCGGAAGGCCACCCUGCGCAGGCAUCCAGAAAGCGACCCCUUACACGUUCAGAAGAGGAGAAUGCGGAGAAAAAGGAGCUCGAGAUGACGAAGGCAUACAUACCUCUGCGAGAAUGUGGAGGAGGUCGCAAAGUCCGGUUACCUGUCGAAGAGCGGCAAAAACGAAAUCCAAAGUGUAACCUCGGUCCUCAAUCAGAAAAAGAUCUCUACAAGCAGCAGGAGAAGCGGAUCGAAAAGGCCGGACCGAUUCGACGAUGCUUUAGGGCCUUGUUCAACACUAGUUAUAUCGGUAUUAACGCUGGCAAGACUGGUGAGGGUAAGAAGGCAAGAAGCGAACAGAAUAACUUUAGAAAGGCGCUCAUUAAGGCCUACGACGCGGGUCGACCUCGGCCGGGGAAGAAAUUGGUACACGACGUGUUGUUUGACGUCGCAACAGGGCUGUAUCAACCCGUAGGCCUUAUGGUUGCGGCACAUCUAGUGCCACGUUCUCUCGGCACUGAUAUUAUGGUUACAUUGUUUGGUAAGGAAGCCGAAGCUGAGAUGUACUCCCCUCGCAAUGGCCUUCUCCUCCACAAAAAUGUCGAAAAAGCCCUCGACCUCGGCCUCAUCGCAAUUGUCCCGGAUCUCGCCGAAGAUGCAAAGGAGGAAGAGUGGGAGAAGUGGGAAUCCAGCCGCCCACGCGGAUACAAGUGGAAGGUCAUGGACAAUGACGCGAAGCUUUUGGAGGAGAACUGCUGGGUCAAGCCCGACCACCCAGAGUCCAUUAUCAUGGUCAGAGAACUCGACGGCAAGCCGCUCCAGUUCCGUGAAACUUCCGACCACCGCCCGAGGGCUCGGUAUCUCUAUUUCCUUUUUGUCUCAGCCCUUCUGAAAAAAGCCUGGGAUCACAAAAAUAGGAGAAAGCCUGAGGCAGUCCAGAAGGACCAGAUUGGCAAGAGAAUGUGGGCUACCAAGGGCCGGUAUCUCCAUCGCGCCAUGUUAGUGGCCAUGUCGCAAGAAGCAGGCCACCAUCUAGAUGAGGAUUGGGACCGCCCACCACACCCGGGCUCUGAUGAGGAGGAGCUCCAGCCUGAUGCAGAGGGAGCGAUUGGCUUGAUAGCCAUAGCAAAGUACAUCGCUACUUCGCAGGACACACGGGCGGAGGAAGAGGACAGCUCAGAUGGAGAAUGCGAGACGCAACCGAGUGAGGUGGAAGACGAGAAUUGA